AUGACCUCAAUUGACGACCUUUUCCGCAGGCCGAAUGCUGCUCCGAAGCGGAAACUCGAAGAUCCUACAACUGCCUUGACCAAUGCCCUUUCCAACAAGUCGACCAAAUUGAACAACGGCUCCUCCCCACGCAGCUCAAACAAUGGCUUUCAUGAACCAUCCACCCCUGAUGGUUCCGAUAGCAAGGCUGCUUUCGUGCCAGACGAAGUUCCGGAUGACCAAGAUGACGUCGACGCCGGACCGGCCUUGCCUCGCGAAGAUCUGGAGGAUGAAGUCGGUGACGACGAAGAAGGACGCUUUUUUGGCGGUGGAGUGACAAAGCAGGAACGUGAAGUGAUUGAAUACAUCGAGAAGAAUGAAGGGGGAGAGGCCGAAGAGAAGAUUGACUCGACAUGGCUGCGUCGGACAGCCAUUAACUUUGAACGAAAAAUCAACAAGAACGCAGAACUACGCGCCAAGUACGAGAGUGAUCCCAUGAAAUUUGUGGGAAGUGAGGCAGAUCUGGAUGCCGAGAUUAAAGGCUUGAGCUUGUUGAGUGAGCAUGGCGAGUUAUACGGCGAAUUUGUUAAAAUGGGCUGUGUGGGCAGCUUGGUGGGUCUGCUUGCGCAUGACAAUACGGACAUCGCCAUUGGAGUCUGCGAACUGUUUGUCGAACUCACGGACGAAGACUCUGCCACCACUGAAGAGCAGUGGAAGACGCUUGUGCAGGCUAUGAUCGAAAGUGAUGUCAUCGAUCUUCUGACGAGCAAUCUUGGUCGACUGGAUGAAGAGAACCACCUCAAUGAUCGAGCGGGGGUCUAUCAUGUCUUGAACGUUCUUGAGAAUGUGCUGUCCGAGACAGAAUAUUCGGAGGUUGUCGGGGCCCGUGCUGAGAUGAUGGACUGGCUUCUUUCGAGAAUCAGCAAAAUUGAUCCCAAUGCUCGAGGAAAAGUCGGACAGAACCGUCAAUACGCCGCGGAGAUCCUUGCCAUCCUUCUCCAAAACAACAGAAACAACCGAGAUCGCCUGGCACAGAAAGAAGGCGUCGACGCUCUCCUGGAGCUGUUAAGUGUAUACCGCAAGAGGGAUCCCGAGAAAGAUUCCGAUGAAGAAGAGUUUGCCGAGAACCUUUUCGAUUGCCUGGCCUGUGUCGUCGAGGAGAGGUUUCCUGCAGAAAAGUUCUUGGAGGGUGAAGGAGUCGAAUUGUGUCUCAUCAUGCUUCGAGAAGGGAGGCUCGCCAAGGCGAGAGCUUUGCGAGUCCUCGAUCAUGCCAUGAGCGGGGGCAAUGCGACAGCAAUUUCGGAGAGAUUGGUUGACGCCGCCGGCCUGAAGACCAUUUUUGGAAUGCUUAUGAAAAGCCAUAAAAUGGAGCGCAGUCUGGUUGAACAUCUCAUUGGAAUUCUGGCGAGCCUAUUGAGAUAUCUUCCAGGAGGAUCUGCGGCCCGGAUCCGCACCCUAGCCAAGUUUGUGGAAAAGGACUACGAAAAGAUCACGAAACUGGUGGAAUUGCGGCGAGAAUACAAGACAAGGCUCAGUAAAGUUGAUGCCCAGAUACGAAAGGAGCGACAAGAGAUGGGUGAUGCCGCGGCAGAAGAACUGGCCGACGAAUGGCUGUCUCGACGCCUUGAUGCCGGGUUGUUUUCUCUCCAGGCCCUUGAACUGAUUCUCAGUUGGAUGGUGGCGGAGGACAACGGUGCGAGACAAACGAUUACCGUGCUGCUCGGGGAAGACGGGCUCAAGAUUCUUGAACGGAGCCUGAGAGAUCAACUGGAUGGGAUGGACCCAGACCAAAGCGACGAAUCAAAGUCUACAGAAGAGAUGCUGGAAGCGUUGCUUCUCUGUCUUGAAUAA